CGCACACACACGGAUAACUCUCACAGCAUCACAGCAAGAGGACGGUCAGUGGAUAGACAACACUGGGAAGGAAAACGGGGAGAGAGGACGUUGCUGCUGCCGGUGCGAGCGGAAUUUGGAUUUUAGAAGCCCUUAAGUGGCAGUUUUGUUGGCUUUCGUUGUUUCAAAAUCGCAUUUGAAGUGGACUUAAAGAAAAAAAAAAUCGUUGGCGGAGUUGUAGAGACUCCGGUGGUGUGUUUCAACUUUGGAGGAGAGUGUGAAGAAGGGCAGUGACAUUGAGGUUUCCAGUAGCUUUAGCCGUCCCGUUUGGAUACAUGAGGCAAAGCGCACAAGGGGGAAGAAGAGCCCACACCGGGGGAAAAGGGGUUCAUUCGUUGGGGUUUGCUUGAAGAAGAGACAUGCCAGAGUUUUUUUUUUGUUAAGGAGAGAGGAUUAAAGAAUAAGCCUGUCUGCACAGGAAUUGGCCGUUAGGGGUUUCUUUAUUAGUGACCACAAGGAUUUUAGGAUUUUAGUUCAUUCCAAGCCUCGCGCGUCUUUGGUCAAGCACAGCUGGAACGCAGUUUGGUCAAAAUGAGAUUACUCAUGUCACCCAUGCGAUAGUGAUCUUUUGGUUGGAAAAAGAAAAGGAUAUAUAUAAAAAAGAAAAGUCAAAUACCCCCUUUUUGACAGUUUUGCGAACAGUAUUGGCUGUCACCGACAGGAGGUAUGGAGACGGACGGGAGAUGGAUAGGCGCGCCGGUGGGAUGUCGCCUCUGGAAGACGGUGCUUUUUCUGUUUCUGUGGAAAGUGGCUGACAGCCCAUCAGGAGCAGCAGGAAGUGGACCAGGCGGAGGGCCGGACUCCUCCCAACUGCGCUUCUCCUCCUCUCUUCCUACGUCCCUUCCUGUCCAAUGCCAAUUAAGUGGCACUGACUCCGCCUUCUUCCUGCGGGAAGCCAAUCAGGAGGUCAUGCGAAACAGCAGCCUGUCAUCGAGGACUGAGCCAUUUUUUCUCCACCAGCUAGAACCAGGCAUCGCUGCCCCACAACCCCUGCCAAGUGUCAAUUGCAGUUAUGGAAAUCUGAGCAUCGAGCAGCCAAUCCCAGUGGAGCUCCUUCAAGGUCCUCCACCGCACCUGCUGCUCUUGGCCAAUCAAGUGACGCUUAACUGGAAAGUUAAAGGUCAAGUGGUGGUGCCUAAAGUGGGAUCAACAAGACCAUGGAUACAGGUGUUGUUUUAUCUGACUGGGCGGCGUUGGGAUGAGCCUGACCCCCCUCCUCCAUACCUCCUCCCAUGUGUCAGAGCCUUGGCUGUUCGUGACAUCAGUGAAGCAGCACCCUCGGCAGGCUGCCGUCUCAUGGGGCCAUCUGGCAUCUGCGUUGUCCGUCUGGAGAUUCCCCCAGCUUGGUUUACACCACCACAAGUGAGAAAAAGACCUCCUGAAGUGGCUCUUCCGUCAGUGGAUGUGUAUUACUCAAUUAUACCAGUGGAAGGGGCAGGUCAGGAAUGUCCCUCCAUUGUUAAUGAGCCAUGGAAAGCUCAGAGUGCUAAUGUCGGCCCUCUUGGAGGCCUCGGCUUGGGUCUUGGAGGACAGUGGAGCUCCUUAGAGGAAGGAGGUCUUCAGGACAUGUUGAAAGCUGGUUCAGUGGAGAUGAGCAUGGGCCCAGUUUCUGCCAAAGGAGAAAGAUUGCAAUUAGAUGAGAAUUUGGAGGUUUUAGUGCCACCCAGCCCAGUUCGACUUGGAAAAACAGUAGCAUUUGGCAUCUACAUGAAGACAGAUUCAAGCAUGGAACAGUUUACUCUGAGGGUGUGGUUCCAGUCAGGCAUCAGCUUUCUGGCUGUAAAACCCAGCAACCUUGUCGCGUGGGAGAUCAAACAGGAAAUGGCACCGGGAAGCAGUUCGUUGGCAGUGAUGUGUCAGAGAAAGGCCUCCUCCACUGCAGAGCGAUUGGGAAAUCCCUCAUAUGAGGUGAUGCUGCUGGACUUUGAGGUGGAUAAUGUGAUUAACCUGGUGCCGACCCAGACUCUGCACUGGACAGUGGAAUACCCACCUGGCACACAGACAUCUUCCAGGCAAACAGAGAAGGUCUCACACCUUUACAUCAGCAACGCCGACAUACAGGGCAUCGUACCACUGGCCGAGGACACAGAGGUGGUGAACACAGCUAUUUUAACUGGUCGACGAGUAGCAGUGCCCAUCAAACUGGUUACUGUGGAAACUGAUGGGCAGGUGAGGGAGGUGGAUGACUCGGUUACCUGCAGCUCGACGGAUGUGGAUGUUGUCAAGGUUUCAUCAAGCUGUGACCAGGUUUUGGUGAACGGUAAGGAGAUGCGAGGCCGGGAGUCCUUAGAAGUCAACUUCACCUACCUCCAUCUAUCGGCUCAACUGCAGCUCACCGUCUGGGUGCCCAAGCUUCCCCUGCAGAUAGAUGUGUCAGAUACUGAGCUGAGCCAGGUCAAAGGAUGGAGGGUGCCGAUCGUCACAAACAAGAGACCCACCAGAGACAGUGAGGAUGAUGAAGAUGAUGACAGGAAGGGCAAAGGCUGCACCCUACAGUACCAGUAUGCUUUGGUGCGAGUUCUCACUCAUUUUGUCGCAGAACCAUCUGACCCAGGAGGGGAGAUGGUCUAUAUGUUGGGACCCGACUGGCAAGCCGAUAUUACUCAUUUGGUCUUGGAUCAGUUAAAGGUGGAAGAUGCUCGCAUUGCCAGGCUAAUAGAUGGUCGCAUCUUAAUGGGCCGAGACCUGGGGAUCACCACUAUACAGGUUCUGUCCCCACUGUCUGACUCCAUCCUGGCAGAGAAGACCGUAACAGUGUUGGAUGACAAGGUAACAAUUACAGACAUGGGAGUCCAGUUGGUUGCAUCUUUGUCCCUCAGUAUGACAGCAAGUCCAGGAAAUUACCAGGCUAUUCAGCUAACAACUACAGCGACAGACCUUCUUCACACACCUAAACAGGAAGCUGCGUUCAGUGCAUGGAUCCAGUACAGUGAUGGCUCAGUGACACCUCUUGAUAUCUACGAUCCCAAGGACUUCCUCCUUACAGCUGUCUCACUGGAUGAGAGCAUCAUCUCUAUAUCCAAUCAGGAGCAACACUGGCCAGUUAUAGUUGCAGAGGGUGAUGGACAAGGACCACUCGUUCGUGUUGAGAUGGUCAUCUCUGAAACUUGCCAAAAAUCCAAAAGGAAGAGUGUUCUGGCAUCUGGAGUUGGUAAUGUUGUAGUUAAGUUUGGAGCAAAGAGUGAGGAGAAGGGUGAGCAAGAAGAUGGUGGGGGGUUGGACAACAGUACCAGCGAACAAAAGACAAAGGAUGGAAGUGAGUGGAAGUCCAGCAGUGCAGCAGUUGACAGAGAAGAAGGAGCAAUGAGAAAGGUCAGCACAACAACCAAGAGUACAGUAACCCACCGUGCUUCAGGAGGCAAAGCCGCCAGUGGUGGCAGCAGCAGUAGCCGAGGCAGUGGUCCCAGCCAGGCAGGGGACUACAGCAGCUACCCGGCUCAGGUGGAGGUACCAGGGACUGGAAACGGUGAGCUGAGCCAGACCAGUAGAGGCCUCUCAGAUUUGGAGAUUGGGAUGUAUGCACUUCUGGGAGUGUUCUGUCUGGCAAUACUGGUCUUCCUCAUCAACUGUGUCAGCUUCGCUUUCAGAUACCGUCAUAAGCAGGUCCCUGUGCUUGAGGCAGGAGGCAACAUGAACCACGCCCACGACUGGGUUUGGCUUGGCAAUGAGGCUGACCUUCUAGCUGACCACUCCGACCAAUGCCAAGGCGGGCUGCCUGACGAGUGCACCACUAUCAUUGACCGGAAUGAAGGAGGAUAUGAGGAGAACAAGUACCUACUGAAUGGGGCUGGUAACACCUUGGUGAUGGGUGUGGGCACAGGCAUGGGGACUAUCAGUGGGAGUGGUGGCACCAUCGGGCACAGGGGCAUCACCCAUGGACAAACCUUGCCAAGAUCCAUUCCAGAACCGCAUCAGUGCCUUUCAACAAUCACUUCUGGUGGCAAAGAUGCCACUGGUCAAACAGAGCAUCUGAAUAAUUCCCCCCGAGCCGCAGCUGCAGCUGCAGUUGCAGCGGCCAAACGCAAGCGUGUCAAAUUCACAUCUUUUGCCACAGUUCUGCCGAAUGAUAAUUUAGGAGGUGGGGGCCCUUACACCAACUCUUCAGUCUUGGUGACCAAUGGGAAUGAGGAUGACAUCAAGUGGGUGUGUCAGGAUAUGGACCUGGGUCAGUCUGAAAUCAGAACCUACAUGGAGAGGCUACAAGACAAUCUGUGACUGAUGGAAAAAGUGACUGAAAUAGAGGGUAAGAGGAUGAAAGCAGGAGGGAGGAGGGACAAUGAGUACAAUUCACCUGUAAUGCCUUUGCAAUGGAUUAAUGGAGGGCGAAUGGGUGGAAUAUGAUAACAGGAACUAAGUUGUGGGAAAGAGUUUCGAAGGUUAUUGAAGAGACAGGUCAGGGAUGCUCACUUUUUGCUCCCCCCUUAGCUGUGGAAAGCAUAAAGUCAUCACUAGCUCACACUAGAAGUAAUAGUAGCAAACAAUAAGUAAUAUUAUGAGUUUAUUUUAUAUUACUUCUCGUGAAAAUCGUAGUGUAAAAAUUGGUUAUGAAUGUUUACUUUCAGAAAACCAGUGAACCACUGAAUUCAUAUAUUAUGAAUUCAGGGUACGGUAUUUGAUAGGCUUUGUUGAGUCAUUCAUUCAAACAAAAAUUUUGAAAAACUUUCAUCGUGUACCGAGUUCACACGUCCUUUUAUUAAACAAAAAAACCCUAUGAUAUAUUGCCAAUGUCAGCUGUGGCUGUGGAAUAAUUACAAAUCUAGUUUUAAUAUAUAAACUUGUCAUUUAUCUGACAAGUUUGUUGAAUGGAAUCACCAAGUUCUUUUAAGAACAGAUGGGCAUCAAAGAUUCCGCCUGUUCUUGAUAGAUCAUAUUACCCAUUUCCUUUUAGUACUGCUCAUAAGUGAAAAUGUGAAUCAUAAAAACAUAUAUAUAUACUCCAAGUACAUAAGUAGAAAUUCAGGCUGUUGCAGUCACAGGUGGAGAUUCAGGCAGUCGUGCUCCCUCCUCUAACAACCGUGCAGAUUUUGAAAGCGACAUGUUGAAAGAGACCAUUUCCCUUGGAUCCAAGACAGAGGCAUUUUUUCUUGCACAAUUACAAACAGAAAAGGACACUGGCCAUUUUUUUAAGGCCCAGUUUCUGUUUCCUGAACCCUGCAGCCAAUGACUGCUUUCACACUGUAUUCACAACCAAUCCUGACAUCCCAUCGACUCCCUCCUUGUCUGUGAUUGGACGGCUGUAGAAGCUAUGGAAAGCUGUCUAUAAACUGAAAAAGGGACUAACUAAGGUGUUUCACGUUAAAAGGAAGCUGUUUGGGGUUUGUAAAGCUUGACUGAACACUUAAUAAUGAGGAUUAAAGCAAAAUGCACCACAAAGGCAACAAAACAGGCAGAGGUACAUAUGAUGAUGUACAUGAGAUUAGCUAGAAGUGAUGGAUGACAUCACAAAAUAAAUGAAAAUGGACUGAAUA